AUGGUGUCCCGGGACCAGGCCCCACAGUAUGUGGCUCUCUGGGACUUUGAGGCCCGCACGGAGAAGGAGCUGAGCUUCCGUGAGGGGGACAUCUUUUACGUGACCUCUAAAAAGGGCCAGUGGUGCAUGGCCGAGCGGCUGGGCCCAUCGGGCAGGGUCGUGGCCCAGGGCUUUGUGCCCCUCAACUACCUGGCCCAGAUGGAGACGCUGGAGUCAGAGCCGUGGUUCUUCGGCUGCAUCUCCCGCUCGGAGGCGACACACCGACUGCAGGCCGAGGGCACUAGGCGAGGUGCCUUCCUGAUCAGGGUCAGCCUGAAGCCAGGCGCCGACUACGUCCUGUCCGUGCGGGACACGCAGACAGUGCGACAUUACAAGAUCUGGCGGCAAGCGGGGGGCCGGCUGCACCUCAACGAGGCCCUGUCCUUCUCCAGCCUGUCCGACCUCGUGGCCCACCACCGAGAGGAGGUCCUGACCCACGGCCUGCAGCUGACAGCACCCUGCAGCAAGGAUGAGCAGGAACCACUGCCCUACUGCGAUGACUGGGAGCUACCGAGGGAGGAGUUCUCGCUGCACAGAAAGCUCGGCCAGGGCUGCUUUGGGGAGGUCUUUAAGGGGCUCUGGAAGGGCCAAGUCGAAGUGGCUGUCAAGGUGAUUCCCCGAGCCGACCUCCGGCAGCAGCACAUCAUCCGCUCGGAGAUCCAGACCAUGAAGAAGCUGCGGCACAAGCACAUCCUGUCGCUCUAUGCCGUGGUCUCGGUGGGGGACCCUGUGUACAUCAUCACCGAGCUCAUGCCCAAGGGGAGCCUGCUGUCGCUGCUGCAGGAGCCUGAGGAGACAGACCUGCCCGUGUCCGAGCUGGUGGACUUCGCAUCGCAGGUGACCGAAGGCAUGUGCUACCUGCAGUCACAAAACUACAUCCACCGGGACCUUGCCGCCAGGAAUAUCCUUGUGGGAAAGAACAACAUAUGCAAAGUCGGGGACUUCGGACUGGCCCGGCUCAUCAAGGAGGGCACGUACCUGUCCAGCGAGCGCCAAAUCCCCUUCAAGUGGACGGCGCCUGAGGCCCUGACCCAAGGCCACUACUCCAUCAAGUCUGACGUCUGGUCCUUUGGGGUCCUCCUCUAUGAGAUCUUCAGCAAAGGCCAGGCGCCCUACCCAGGUAUGAGCAACCUCGAGGCCUCCCAGAGGGUGAACGCUGGCUACCGCAUGCCUUGCCCGGCCGCGUGCCCGCCUGCCAUGCACAGGCUGAUGCUGGCGUGCUGGCACGAGGACGCCGAGCAGCGGCCCUGCUUCCUGGUUGUGCAGGAGCGACUGGGCGCCUUCAGCAGGUACGAGAACCCACUCUGAGCCCUCACUGAGGGCCAGUGCCGGACAGU